AUGACUACCAACGCCAACAUGCGAGCAUUGUCAUAUGGCUCGGAACAGAACGGCAAGAGAGUCAGGGUCUCGACCUCGGAGACCGAGCUCACUAGAAACAUUGGCUUACCUGCGUUGCUCUCUUCAGCAAGAGAUCGCGAAGAGCCGAGAAGAACCAGGCCGGAUCGAUCAAGACCCGGGCGCACGAAAUCGACCGGCAAGCAGAAAAAGACAUGUUCGCUCGACGACCGAGUGUACUCUGCCGCCGACGAGUACAAAGAUAUUGUUGAGGACAUAAUCGACGAGCCAAGGGAGAAGGUUGACGGUCUGGAAGACGACUUGAAAUGCGAGCAAAAGACUGUUGGGAGGCACAGAGUAGAGGUUGAAGCGCUGACGGCCGAGCUCGAGCAGCAGAAGUUUAGGCUGGACGCUGUUGUGGAUGCUGAGAAGGAGGUGGUGAGGGUAGCGGAUCGCUCGAGUAUUCUCCAGCUCGGACAUGCCAUGUUCAAGUUGGAGGAGGCGCUUAAGAAAGGGUCGUGA